GGUAGUUAAAAGUGAAGAAAACCAAUUACAACCUGGGUUUAUUUGUGUUAGUGGUAGUGAAACUAACAAAGUUUGCUUGAUGCCUUCCCAAGCAGUUAACAGUGUGUAUCACAUGAUAUUUAGAAAGAAAACUGCAUAUUCUGAACCUGCCAUUCUUGGGUUUAAUGAUGAGAUAAUUAUACAAAAAUUGCUAAAUAAAAUAAGAUUUAGACCAAUUUUUAUUAAUGUUGGAAGUUCUGUUGUUAUAGUAUCAGAAAUCGGAAAUAAAAGCUUUACAUCAUCUAUACUAACAAAAAAAAGUCAAAGAACUCUAGCUUUACAAAAAAUGAUCAAUAAUGAAUUUACUCUUGAUUUUUAUAAAGGGAAUCAAAUAUUAUGGCAUUAUAAGAAUAAGUCUGCUAACAGUCAUGCAAUUCAAGAAAAUCAAGAAAAUUCAUCUAAUUCUAAUCUAACUUAUAACCCAACCACUGACAAAGCUAAUUUAAAAAUACUAUAUGAACUUGAAUAUUUGCAAACUGAUUUAGAAGAUUUGGAAAGUUCAGAUAAUAUUAUUACUAAUCAUGAGAUAGAACAAUUUGCAUAUUUACACCUUCAUGAAAAACUUCAG